AUGUCCUCCUUCUUGAAGUACAGAAAGACUAGCACCUGCAGCACACCUUCCGAGUACCCAAUCCAUGCUGUUUUGUCUCCGUCUGGAUCGUUCGCAUCAUCAACGUGCCAGUCGAUUGGGUCUCACUGUAACUCUCCUCUCUCUUUUGGCUCGGAGAGCUCAUUCAGUCUUGGGAGAAGGUCACACAUUGUCCAAAAAAUGUACACGCCAACGAUUGAAUUUGUCCAAAGAGUCCAGCCUAAAGUGUUCCGAUCAAAUGAAGACAACCUCACUUCUUACUUCAUCGAGUCCGACGCAAAGCUGCUCUUUGCUUACUCAAAAGCUUUGUUGGCUCGAAGUGAUUACAACAAUUACCACGUCAGGAUACUCUUAAAGUACUUUAAGUCACGUGGAUACCUCACAGAGCUUCUUACACUGUUGGCCGAGAACGAGAUCCGAAACGAGAACUCCCACAACGAAAUCUUCAGAGGAAAUUCCCCAUUCACACGAGUGUUUGGGGAGUACUUAAAGAUGUUUUGUGGUAACUACCUGAACACUAUUAUCUCACCAAUUGAAGAAGUCAUUGAGGCCGCUAAACUCAAGAUUUCUCAGUUGAAUCAAAACGACGAAUUCUUUAACUCGGCUUACAUGAUAGGACUCAAUAAAGACGUUUUGCAGACCUUCACACAACUCCUCACAGAGAACGAAAUGCCCUCCCAUUUGAUGUAUAUAUUGCGAAGAAUAUACAACGCAGUCUACUUAAAAAGAGGUGAGAAAGAAGCUUCGACGUGUAUGGAAACUUUACUCUUCUUAAGAUUCUUCUUACCGCCACUUGCAUCGACCCCAUCCGUUCUGAAGAACAUUCAGACGCUACUCAAACGAGCCGAUGGAAAGUUGGUGAAGGUGAAGUCUAACACCGCGGAAGAAAGUGGAUUUAUCACAGCCGUAGAUAUAACAUAUCACAAAGUGUUGAAUGGACCAUUGCAAUACGCGACCGCAUCGAAAGGUGUGAAGAGAGUCGAACAAGACGAAAGCUAUCAUGAGAUGGUCGACAUCAUAAGAAGUGAGUUAUCAAGCAUCUCAAAUUGUUUCGGUGAUGGUUUUGAAAAGGUGUUUCAAUUGGUAAAAGGCAAUAGAGAAAUAGUCGACGGUAAUGUGUUGUGCGCAACACAGAGUAUGACGGAUUGGAUGGGUAACAGAGAAACUGCUCUUGAACAGGAAAACUCGGAGUUGAAGAAUGGAAUUCAAUACUUGAAAGCGAGAAAUGAGGUACUCCUCAGACUUUUUCAACAGUUUCAAGUCAGUGAGGAUUCAUCUUCUUCUAUUUAA